AUGGCUGAUCAAGAACUGAGUUUGAUCAAUAAAGUUGAGUUGAGAAUCGCCCUCGCUGAUUCUGAUCAGAAAUUUCAAUCAGCUCUAGAUCUUUAUCUAUGUCCAUUACUUAUGAAAUUGUCUUCAAUUCAUGGUGCUGUUCGUCAAGAAAUACUCAAGUUUAUUCAACAUCUCAUUCCAAGAAUCAAUUCAUACAGAGAGAUAAAAUUACCAACACUAAAAUUGAUCCAACAGGCCAAAAAUCAAACUUCAAAUGCUGAUGCUUCCACAGUUCAAUUAUACUCUUUAUUAUUUGCAUCCAAAGGUAUUGAUAGACUAAGCGUGGAGGAGAAAAGAGAAUUGUUACCUGAAGUUAUACAUGGUGUCCACAACUUUGGUGAUAAUGGUGUUGCUGCUAGAUUGUUUCAUAUUUUUUGCAAGUUAUUACAAGGUUGGAAAACUCCAGAUCGUGGAACUGAUGAUUUCAAACAAUUGAGGCAAGAUUUGGCUAUAGAUACAAAUGAUGAAAAAUUCUUGGUGGAUAAGAUUGAAAAAUUGUUUUUGUUAGCACCUGUUAUCAAUGAUGAUGGUGUUAUUCCAAAAGGUUACACCUGUCCGGGUCUAAGUUCAAAAGAUACCGCUUUUUUGACAUAUGAUGCGGGUGUUUCAUAUAAAAAUGAUGAUUUAUCUAAUGCUAAGAAGAAUAUCGUUUCAUUCAUCCCUUUGUUCCAUGAUGAGAACUUAGUCACUUUGUUGUUAAUUGGUGUUUGUGAUUCGAAUGAUAGCGUAUCUAAUGCAUCUGCAAGCCUUUACAGAAAAAUCAACAUCCCAUAUGAAGAUGGUAAGCUUAUUGACCAUUUGAUUUCUUUAUUCAUCGGUGACAAAGAAAUACCUAGAUCACCAGUUAAAUCACCAAUACAAGAAAGGUUCCUUUCUGUGAUGAUUGAUUCAAAAAUUGCCACCAAAAGUAAACAUAUCCCAAUCAUAACCUCACUUGGGUUGAAUGCUUCAAGAUACCCUAAAUUGAAAGCUGCAACUAUACAAUUUAUUCAAGCCGUUGCUAAAAAUGGCGGUGAUGCUAUAUUAGCUGGUGGUGAAUCUGCUGAAUACUCUGUUAAUGUGGCUGCCCAGUUGAGAAAUAAUUUACACGCUGAAGGUUGGCCAAAGCUAGAAACUACACAAGGUUCAAAUUAUGCAAAUGAUAUAAAGCAUAGACAGUUACAAUACGAAGCAUUGGGUGAUAUUUUGAAGAAGGAUUUCAAUUUGGUUAAAGAUAUUUCAUAUAUUGAGUUUUUACUCGAUUCAUUGAUUGGUGAUCUACCUGUGCUUAGAACAACAAUUCAAGAAGCAUUGAGUUCACUGGUUGUACAUCUUCCAAAUUUAUCACUCGAAUCCAAGAAUAAAUUGAAAAAGAUCUUGAUACCUAUUUUAGAGCAAGACAACUUCAGUGAUGAAGGAAUGGAUGCUAUAAACGCCGUUCGCUUUGUUGCUAUCAAAUACAUCAAUGCUGCAUUCCCAUUUGAAGAUCAUGAAGCUAGAUACUUGAAUGUUUUAGGUACGUCAGCAAAGAACAGAUCAGAUGUUAUUGAAGAAGCCCAAAAGGGUUUACAUCCAUAUUGGUUUAACAUUCUUCAAUCUUCCAAUACAGCAGAAUUUAAGUCUACCAACGAGCUAAUGGGCGUUGGAAACAAGGUUAAGUUUCCAAGAUUUUGUGACUUUGUAAACAAAUUGGUGACUGAAGUUGAUGGCGCUAGAAACUCUGACUCUUCCGCGUUGAGACAUGCUAUGAUUCCAGCUGUUGAAUUCGCCUUACAUGUUCUUGUUACACAAGCUAUUGGGAAUAAAUCAACAGUGGUUGUCCAAGAUCAAGAAUGGAUAACAAGAUUGGAGAAGGGGCUUGAACAUGAUGAAACUGUCAUCUCUUCAGUUAAAAAAGAGCUUCAAAAUGUUGAAGGUUUGAGUAAUUUCCUUUCUAUAUUGUUGGAUGAAUUUGCUGUUAAAGAUAAUUAUGGCAAAGAUAUUGCUGUUUCAGAUAUAUCCAGUCCUAUAUUUGGUAAACUAUUCUUGAAGUUGAUUUCAUUGUCACCACAAACAGUCGUUGAAAAAUUGAGCCCACAAGUUCCUAGAUUGAUAGCUAUUGUGGAAAAUGCCAAAGUCACCAGAGAAGACACCAUUCAGCAAGCUGCAAACUCUAUUGGUAUCAUUGCCUCACACCCAAUCAAUUCUAACGAGGAUAAUCUUCAAUUAUUACAAAACAUAGUGGCUUUUCUACAAGGCGCAGAUACAAAGCAAUUGAAUAACCAUGGAAGACUAUUGACGUUAGGCUUUUUAACAUCAAGAUUAUUUCUACGUGGAAGAGACAUUUUGUCUAAUGAUGAUGUUCAGAAAGUUUAUGGGAUCAUUGGUGAAUCGGUAUCAUCAACUGAUUCAAGAUUAAGUGGUGCUGCCAUCACAGCAACUUCACAAUUGGCACAAUUCGGAGGUUUUGGUCCAGAUUUAACCAAUCCAGAUGUUGAUGUAAUUAAGAAACAAAUUCUUGAAAGUUUGAAGGCUAAAGUCAAGAAGUUGGGUGAAAAAUCCAUGAUUGCAUGGAGUUUAUUAUCACUAUCUGAAGUUGAGUCUGAUUCUAAAGAUUUUACAAUCUUUGAAGAGGUUAUAUAUGAUACACAUACCACAAAACAAGUUGAAUCUUUGUUUACCUCAGGUGAAGCCUUCUCCAUUAUUGCUGCAGGUUGGGACUCCAAAUUUCUCCAAAAACAGGUUGAUAUCCAGAGUGAUGAUUUAAAGUUCCGUGCUGCUCCACGUAAGACAAGAUUGGAUUUCAUAUUGAGCAAAAUAUUGCAAGCUUCCAGUAGCACUAAACCAAGUUUGCGGAAGGCUGGUUGUAUAUGGUUACUUUCGAUCGUUCAAUACUGUGGUCAUUUGCCAAUCAUUGAGGAAAAGUCAGGUUCUAUCCAUGUCACAUUCAUGAAAUUUUUAGCUGACAGAGAUGAGUUGGUUCAAGAAGCUGCUUCAAGAGGUUUAAGUAUGAUUUAUGAGCUAGGUAAUGCUGAUUUGAAAGAAACUUUGGUCAAGAGUCUACUUAGAUCAUUCACAGAAUCAACAUCAUCUGCUAAAUUAGGUGCUGGUACUGUCUCUGAAGAUACUGAACUCUUUGAACCAGGUGUUUUGAAGACAGAUGAUGGCUCUGUGUCAACUUACAAAGAUAUUUUAAAUUUAGCAUCUGAGGUUGGUGAUCCAAGUCUUGUUUAUAAAUUCAUGUCUUUAGCUAAAAGCUCUGCAUUAUGGUCUUCAAGAAAAGGUAUUGCUUUUGGAUUAGGUAGUAUUAUGUCAAAAUCAAGUCUUGACAAGUUACUUUUUGAAAAUUCGUCUUUGUCAAACCGUUUGAUUCCUAAGUUAUACAGAUAUAGAUUUGAUCCAAAUCCUUCAGUUGCCAGAUCCAUGAAUGACAUUUGGACCACAAUUGUUCAAGAUAGUUCUAAAACUAUUGAUGAAUACCAUGAAGGAAUCUUGAAAGAGCUUCUUACAGGAAUGGGAAAUAAAGAAUGGAGAGUUAGGGAAGCAAGUACUGUUGCCUUAACUGAUUUGUUGCAAGCUUUGAAUAAGGAUAAAUACCAAGACAGAAUGGAAGAAAUUUGGACUAUGGGAUUCCGUGCGAUUGAUGAUAUAAAGGAUAGUGUUAGAAAAGCUGGUGGUGGUUUGACAAGAUCAUUAUCUCAAAUGUUGGUGAAUAGCAUUAAAGUGGAAUCAGGUUCAUCUGAGACAAAUGCCAAAGAAGUUUUAUCUAAGCUUUUGCCAUUUUUAUUAGGUACAAAAGGUAUACAAAGUGAUGCCGAAGAUGUUCGUGAUUUCUCCCUUGAAACAAUUUUGAAGUUGGUCAAAAGAGGCGGUAAAGCCAUCAAACCUUUCAUUGCUGAAUUGAUUGACCAAUUCGUCUUGCUAAUGUCAACUUUAGAACCUCAAAUUAUCAACUACUUGACCUUGAAUGCUGACAAGUACAAUUUGAAGCAUGAUGAUAUUGAUGCUAAAAGAUUACAAAGUAUUGGAAGUUCACCUAUGAUGAACGCGUUAGAAAGAUUAAUUGAUUUGAUUGAUGAUGACAUAAUAGGUGAUGUUGUUGUUAGAAUUCAAUCAACCGUUAAGAAAUCUGUUGGUUUACCUUCAAAAGCUGCUGCUAGUAGAUUAUUUGUUACGUUGGUUGUUAGACAUUUGCAAUUGUUGAAACCAUAUGGUGAAGUUUUAUUAAACACUUGUAUUUCACAAUUGAAUGACAGAAAUACCACAGUUUCUUCUUCAUUUGCUACAGCAGCUGGUUAUGUUUGUCGUGUCUGUUCGGUUGAUGUUGUUGCUAAAUAUGGUGAAAAGAUUCAAGCUUCUUACUUUGAAUCUGAAGAUGAAAAAUCCAAAAUUGUUGCAGGUGUCGCAUCUGAAGCUGUUUCAAAAUAUUCAGGUGAUAGAUUUGCUUCAGUUGCUUCCGCAUUCUUACCAGUUGCUUUUGUUGCAAAGAAUGAUGCCAAUAAAGAAGUUGCUAAAAAUUUUGAAAGUGAAUGGACAGAAAACACAUCUGGUAAUGGUGCUGUUAAACUCUAUAUUCAUGAAAUAUGUGCUUUAGUUAAGCAGUAUAUCACCUCACCACAAUUUUCAGUUAGACAGACAUCUGCAAAGAGUAUUGCUGAAGCUUGUAAUGCAAUUGAUGGUGCAACAGGUAUUGGCUCUAGUGCCGAUGAGCUAUUUGAAGUUUUGAUGAACGCAUGCCAAGGUAGAUCAUGGAACGGUAAAGAAGAUGUUCUACAAGCUUUAGUCUCAUUAUCAUCUAAAUCCAAGCCAUUUGUUGACUCGCAUCCUGAGCUACUUGCAAAAAUCAACAAGAUUGUUAUUACAGAAGCAAAGAGACGUAAUAAGGACUAUCAAAAACAUGCAAUUGUUUCAUUAGGUGAAUUUGCAAGCAUUUAUCCAAGUGAAGAACUCCAUGAUCAAGUUUUAGAAAUCUUUGAACCAUUGUUAAGUGACGAAUAUUAUGAAUCUGAAGAUGAAGAUGAAGAUAUGGAAAAAGAUGAACACAAGACCGUUAAUGCAAAAUCUUCUCAAAAGAAUUUAACAAGAGAAGCUCAAAGAAUGAAAGCCUUAUCAAGUUUAGUCAAAAGUUUCCAAAUUUAUCCUGACAAGACAUAUCAUCCAGAAUUGUUAGAGUUCACAUUGAAGGCAUUAGAAGGAACAAUAAAUUCCAACGUCAUAAUACCUACUUGGAGAUCCCAGAUUGCUGUUGAUGAAGGUCUAAGCAAAAUCGCAGAGGUUUUGAAAGGUGCUUCUAAUAUUGACUCAAAUAAUGUUGAUUUGUUAAUUAAGACUUGGGAGAUCAUUUUCAAGAACAAUACAAAGACUGAGGAUGUUGAAAAUGUUAAAAUACAUACAGUCAGAGCAGGUAAAGCUUUGAUAGGUUUAAAGAAUGAAAACAUCAAGUAUAAAGUUGUUGAUGCUUUGAAAGCUCUUGAUGCUAUAGAACCUUCAUCGGUGAUCAAGGUUGAGAUCGGUAAUGCUUUAGCAUGA